AUGCAUAUCGAAGGCGACAUGAAAAGGGCCAAACCCAACGUCGCAGGUCAACCCGACUCUAUACACCAGCAGCACAGCAUGCCCGGAAAGCAUAGUCCGCAUGUCCAACAAGGUCAGCGCAGUCCGCUAACACAACACGCAAUGGAUCCGAGCCAUCAAAUGCAUCCUGGAUCUUCCCAUGGCAUUUUGGCAGCAGCUCCUACUUUGGGACCAUACUCGCAUCGCUACGCAUCUUCAAGCCGGCAACAGCAUCCAUAUCAGCAUCAGUCCUAUCAACCACCCCAACCCUCCCAUUCACCAGUGCAGUAUCCAUCUUCUUUGGCACAUCCUCAUCAUCCACCGUCCAAGCGAAAAUUUAAUCAGUUUACACAGGAACCUGUUGCCGAUCAGCAGAGUCUAAUUAGAUGCCCUGGGCUUCAACAAAUUUUGGCUACAAAAAACGAAGUAAGCGAUAGGGUCAAAAAUAACAAAGAACUUGCCUAUGUAAUUGAGUCAUCACCACAGAUUGUCCAGUUUUUUCAGCUUAUUCAGAUGGAUCGUAUUGUUGAUAGAUUGGAGGCAAUUGAGCAAAAACUGUCUCGAAUUGAUAAUCUAGAGCGAUCGCUUGAAAAAGCCAUGAGUACAACAUCGACUAAUCUUCAAAUUUCAAAUCCAUGCUUGAUAGAGCUCAAAACCAUUGCUGCUAAGCGGAUGAACGGUGUGCGAGGAGCUCCAUACCAUUGUGAAAACGAAAAUAAGGAGAUUUUGAAAUUCUUGCGACAGCAUCCCAACAGCUACAUGUCGCUGCACAAUUUUGUCAAGGAAAGUCAUACACACGAAGAGAAAAUUGGAUCUAGAUUCUCUGAACUAAUUACAAAUGCAAAGUCGGGGCGAAAGAAAUUGCUGGUUCCGAAAAGCUCGUCUCAUUUGUUUCUGCCCUCCAUGUCCAGUUUAGAUGAAUGGACUCGUGUUAUGUUUGAUUCAAGAACCGAAGAACCUACAUUAGAUCAAGUUGCACGUGCUGCAUUCUUGGCAAGUGCAUUGCUUCGGUUUUUUCGUGAUCAUGGUCAUCUUUUGCAAGUCAAAAUCAAUGGGAGCUCGCCUACCCUUUCAUGUACGUGCCAAAAUGCCUAUGAGCAUCUUCCCGCCCUGCGUGAAUAUCACAUGAAGAAAUCCUCUCAGGCACACUCUCGCCUGGUAACUUCGUUUGCAAAAAAGAAUUGGCUUUUGAGUGGAUUUUGGCGGGACUUUGAUCGUGCUAUUGACGAAGUGUAUCAGCAUGCAGACUGUGAUAGGAUUGUGCAGCAGGUGAUAGAAAUUGAUCGUGCUAAUUACACAACUAGCACAAAACCACAGGGAUCAAUGGACGGUGUCCAUUUGGUUCCACCUCGAGAUCGUCCCUUGCGACGGUCUACAGAUACAUCGGUAGUAUCUCUUGCUCCAUCUACUGUUUCUUAUGAAGGAAUUGGAUCAUGUGGAUCUCCUCAGCCUGCCGAGGAAGACUGGUUCUCAUUGGAGCGUGGUGAAGAAGAUACAUGA